AUGCCGGGUCGACUCAUCCCUGAGCAUGUUGAUCUGCUCGGUAACCCGACUCCGGUGAUGAAGUGGCUUGAAGAGCAAGACGUGGGAAGCCAACAGAGUUGUGCCACAAACAUCUUCGACACGAUCCUGGGAGAAGCAGCCCAGCCUAGAUCUGUCUCGGGCAAUGCCUGUGUGCGGCUUUGUGGCUUUGUAGAGCGAGUUUCCAAGUCUGAGUCAGAGCCUCUUCAGCUUUGGGCGUUUUCUCAAGAUGUAGCUUUGAGGCUUUACGAUUUCUACAUUGAUUGGAAUGAGUUUGAUCAUCAUCGAUCAAUGAGGCUCGUCCUAGACCUGAUAGCGCAACUGCUCCGCAGAAAUCCUGACAAAAGAGCGGCACUAGAGAUACGAGACUUGCUCUUGGACAAUCUAAUCUCGAUUGUAAUCGGCCGCUCGACCAAGCCUGUAGCUAAAUCGGCCCUGAAGACUCUUGAUUACUUUCUUGCCAAGGGAGUUUUCAACUUGGAUGACGUCAAAGCCACUCAUCUCGCCUACCACCAGGAACUAUCCCAGGCCGCUGACAUCGAGAUAUGGAGCGUCUUUACAACCGAGUUGUUGCAGUGGACUCGACUGCACUUUAUUUGUCCCGCGGCCGGAAAGUUCAUAGAGCCAAAUUUGCUGGAAAACUUCAAAAAUUACAUAUUCCUUCCGCUCCUCAAGGUUGACAGGCCAGAAGGUCUGAAGUUUUUGCAAAAAGUGAACCAGCAUGAGUCCAGUUCAACAGCUACGCCAGCCAAUGAUGACUUUGACGCAAAUCUUGGCAGUGACCAGUCAAACGAGGACAAUUCAUCCAUUACUCUCCGAGAAAAUACCCUUGAGAGCGUGCUAACGCAUCCGUCUCACGAGGUUCGAACAUCGGCUCUUAGUCUUCUUAUAAGCUCACCAUCAACAACACGACCAUACUCUGCUACCACCUUGGAUUUACUUAAGAGACAUUUAGCCACUUUUUUGGCGGAUCCAGAUGCCAAGUUUCGGGUGGAUGUCUGUGCUCGUGUAAGGGACAUGUUCAAGAGAGUACGGGGCGCAAUCUCGAUAUUGAAGAAAAGCAUACCACGAGCAAGGGCAAAGGCGCGAAAGAAUGCCUCCAAGGAUGCGGCAUCUGGUGCCAGUCAACAAGCGUUAUACCGCACUAAUAUAAUUUCAUGGCCAGAGUCUGAACUUGUAUACUGCUUAGAGUACCAUGAGAAAUUCUUACACUGGUAUCUAGGAUUCUUAUGUGACGAAUUGUCUCCGACAGCUUCUUACCAACGACACAUUACAUCCCUUAAAAGUCUGAUAUCCAUACUUCGCAUGGAAGGGGAUAGUUCGAAGACUUGGGAGACACCAGAGGACCAGCAGCUGUUUUUCGACUACUUUGAUGGGAAAUGGCUUCGAACGCUCGCCGAUCUAGUAAUGGAUCCAUUCGACGAUGUUCGGGAUACCGCCUCGCUUGUACUGGCCCAACUAUUCGCUGACAAGAGAUACGUGAAAUUCACCCUCAAUUCUACGAACACGAACCAGAAGCCUUCCGGGGAACUUGAAGAACUACUACAUCGAGCUGAAAAAGUGUCCAUUCGUACUGCCAGAGCUGAUCAUUCUGAUGGUGUUGCCAGAGCCUCGCAACUGCUAUAUAAAUUCUUGGACACUGAAGAUGAGCGGCUAGGUCUUCUUUCAAAACUCGUUGAUACACUAGACCACAAGAUAUCAAGGGCUGAGGCAGACUUGGGGCUGGCCGUUCUAGAGCAGCCACUGCAUAGUACCUUUGCGUCGCUGUGCUUCACCUGGCAAGCUGUUUCUGAAAAGAAGCUAUCAAAAUCUGAGGCAGAGUCUGCCUCUGCGCUGCAGGACAGGAUGAUUGAUUGCUGUGAACGGGUGUGGAAAGCCGUCCGCGAUGUUCUUUGCGAUGACUCUCCUGAGGGGCAUCUGCCCGAAGAGAUGGAAGAUACUGAAGGUCUUGAUACAAAGGGUCUCUUGAGUUACAGUUUUCGUGCCAUUCAUGACAAUCUGAUGCGGACGAUUGCGCUGAGUAUGAGAAACCGCUCUCGCGAGGGGCUUAUAACACCAUCGCGAAAAGCCUUUGAAACCAUUGGAAAUCUGGCAUUCGAGCAACUCGCCAACUUAAGGCAUCGCGGUGCAUUUACAACGGUCGCUGCGACCUUUGCGACCUGCUGCCAGUUGACCAAGCAUUUGGAUCCUGUUGAGGGUGAGAUAUCUCUACUCAACGUAUGGUACAAGGGUACCUUGAACGAAAUCUUCACUCAAAGAUCCACAACUCGAAGAUCUGCUGGAAUCCCCUCGAUGAUGACGGGUAUUCUCUCGGCAAAUGCAUUUGACCCAUCAUUUGAAGACGCAAUGGCCAGACUCAUCGAAAUUGCGAGCAUUGAGGCCCGCGUGGUAGAAACAGAUGGAUCGAAUCUGCCUCAAGUCCAUGCCUACAAUUGUCUCAAAGACAUUUUCAAGAACUCACUACUAACAUCUAUGGGAAAUAAAUCCGAGAAAUAUCUUCCCCAGUGCCUCGAACUGGCGGCUAGUGGGCUCAGGUCAGAGGUUUGGGCUAUUCGUAACUGCGGCUUGAUAUUCCUUCGCAGUUUAAUCGACAGUCUCUUCGGGUCACAGGAGAGCAAGGCGAUGAUUGAAGCUGGCUGGGACGGAAAAGCCAACAGGAUUCCAUACCACCGGUACCCUAACCUUCCAACCGUGUUGGCAAGUCUUCUUAAAUCCGGUCACAAGAUGGUUACCUCAACAAACGCCACAUCAUCUGCCGAGUCAGUUUUCCCAGCCUUGGACAUCAUCCGUCGAGCAGGACCGCCUGAUCUCCUUCGAGACGAAAUUCAAAUUCAUGUCGCUGCCUAUCUAUCAAGCCCUGUAUGGCAUGUGCGCGAAAUUGCUGCCAGAACUCUCUGCUCCUGCUUGCUUCACGACAAAUGGCUUAGCGUUGUUCAAGAUUUGUUUCACAAAUCGUUGAAUGACAAAACUGUCAAUGGCCAGAAUCACGUACACGGAGUUCUCCUGUCGCUAAAAUUCCUCAUUGAAAGAUUUAGCGAAGUGGCACCAGAUCGCCUCAUAGCUGACCUACCGGAAUUGACGACAUUCCUCGAGACAAGCCAGAUCGACAGCGUAUAUGUCAGCUGCCCGGACAUCAUAGCCGCUUACCUGGAAGUUAUCAACAUGAUAUGGAUAUCCCAGAUCACUCAAUCUCAGCCCUUACAGCCACCCAAGGUUUUGAUACCCACGACAAACGGUUCUGCGUUGCUCAAAGCUCAAAGUACUAUAAGUAAAAUACUUUCUUUGUCUCAAUCCAAAGAGCCCGUUAGGCAGGUUAAGACUUUGCUAAGUGAGAGCCGUAUUGGCGCCGACACGAUGGUGGCUGCUCUGGAAUCGAUACAGAAACUAUGGCAUUCGGCCUCAACUCCCGACCACAUAAGGAUUGCCUUGUGCGAUCUGUACAUUGACGUUUGUCUCAGAACCAGCUUCAUGGAGCCUCAAGUGGUGGCCAUUGAGAACUUGGUUGAGUUGAUAAACCAGCUCAUUGCAGAGAACAAGCUCGAUUCUCUGCCUAUCAGCUCUCUGAUGGACAUGUGGACAAUACUACCCCAGCGCUCACUAAACCCAUCUCUCUCCAACGCCAUUGUGAGAGCCAGCGGCUGCUUAGUAGCCGUUAUGAGUCAAUCUAAACGUCUUUCAACGCCGGCCCUUCGGAACUGGGGCAGAAUGAUGGCUGAUGCAGGGUCAGAUGACAAGAGCUUUGAUACCCGCUUUGCAGCAGCUCAAUCUCUGUGCUCAUUCUUCCGUGUGACGGGAACAUCUUGCACCAGCGAAGGAUAUCUCCCUGUCCUCCUAGCCCUCUAUGAUGCCAUAAACGACGAUGACGAUGAAGUCCGUGAGGCCGGAUCCGCUGCAGCAAGGAGCAUUUUUGGUCAGAACCUAGCCCCUCUCGAAGCCUCCAGCCGUCUUCUUCAAUGGCUCGCCCAACACUUUAACAGCAGCGCUGAGUUCAAGGCUGCAGUUGCAAGUCGCAUCACCGGAUGUCGUGCUACGGUAGCAGUUAAUCAGUCAUGGAGUUCGCCUGGGGCCCAACUGGAUGCCGCUCUCAGGUCUGACGACUCUUUAUUCGCAGUUGAAGAGCAGAAUCUAUUCAUAGACGAGGUUCGCGAGGCAAAUCGCUGGGCUUCUGUCUUCCAGAGCCUCGAAUGGGAUGAAAAAAGACCAGAAGACGGCAGGAUACUCGGCAAGCUGGAUGAGUGGAUUUGCGACGGUCUGGCCCAGAUGCAGCUGCUGAUAAAGCAAGAGGACGGUCCUCUUGGCUGGGCCUCGAAUCCUCACGUCUUUGCCAUUGGUACAAGCAUUCUUCGAGGCGCUGUGACUUUGAAGAGAAAUCACGGCAGUUUGAAGUUACGCAAGGCUGUCGAUGAUAUCAAAGAUUUGCUGAGAUUGCCAGAUCAUGAUCGGGUUUCAAAACUGCUCAUGGAACCGUUAGAAGAGAAUUAG